ACCAAAACUCUCUCUCUCCACAUAUAUAUACUGGAACUCGAUUCUGUUGAUCCUUGCAUCAUCGGCUGUGUGUUUACCAGAAGCUUGUGAUCAAGUUGAAGGGAUAUAGCUCUAGCAGCAGGGAGAGAUCGAUCGAUAAAGCAUGAGAGGGUUCGAGAGGAGAGGCGUCCGGCAGUACAACCGGUCGGACGAGCCGCGGAUGCGGUGGACGGAGGAGCUUCACCGGCAGUUCAUCGAGGCCGUGGACUGCCUCGGCGGCCAGGACGAGGCAACGCCAAAGCGAAUUCUUCAGCUGAUGGGCGCCAAGGGAGUCAGCAUAUCUCAAGUCAAGAGCCAUCUCCAGAUGUACAGAUCAAGCUCUAGCAACACCAACAGCAACGGUGGUCCACCCAAUGCGUCCGUGGAUCGCCGCCGGGGUCACCGUGCCAUCAACACGUCGUGGAAUGGCCAUGGGAACGAUAUGGCGGCGGCUUCGGGCAGAAUCGACGCUUCUUCUUGCACCGUGCCUCCCCACGGCCACCGCUCGUCGCCGCCGUACCAAAUUCCGUCGAUCGAAGAGGUUCUCAAGAGCUGGGAGCAGAGUAGAGGGCGGCUGCCAUGGAACUCCAUCAUGCCAUCAGAGAAGGCGACCAGCUGGGCACGUCACGCUGACAGCAGAACACGUCAGAAGAGUCAGCAGCCGACGGCAGGAUGUGACCUGACGCUGUCGAUCGGCCGGUGCAAGGAGGAGGCCAUGGUCGUGAGCAGCGACGCCGACGUCUCGAGCACGACCACCGAAGAGUCUGCGGCCGUGCCCGCUGGUCUGAACCUUGACCUGAACCUCGACCUCACUGUCUCAACUUCUUGGCUCUGAUGUGAUCGAUGGCCCCCUGUGUAAAUAUAUAGAGAUGCAUCUUUGUAUGUAGAGUUACUCACAUUUGUAGGUCCUCAUAUAGCUAUCACUGUACCAUAGAUCACGUAGAGUAGUGUAGUUGUAGUAAAAUUGUGAGGUUUCUUGCUAGCCAUAUGAGUUUCCUUUGACAGUACGGUUUCUACUGUUUUAGCGGCCUAUGCAUGCAUGGUUUGAG